AUGGCGGUUUCAUCUCCUCCGAUUCUCUCCCCAUUCCGAAUGAAUGUAACAGCUACGGAAUUUGGCUCGCCCUCUACCACUCCUCUCAUCAAUUUCUGCAACAAUCGACGACAAUCGCCCGUCGUCGUCCUCGCUUCCACCCUCUCCAAACGUGCUUGGAGGAAAGGCUCGGAGAAUGAAGUUGCCAUCUCCAAAGGGUAUGGAUGUGCGCCCAAUGAUGGAGGUCGUGAAAGGUGCAGCCUCCUGCAGGCUGCUGGGGGUUGUCCUACAUCUUUAAGGCCUGGCCAUUGGUUAGACUUGUACAGUGGUACUGGAUCGGUUGGAAUUGAAGCUCUUAGUCGAGGAUGCUCUGAGGUACAUUUUGUUGAGAUGGAUCCAUGGGUCGUUUCAGAUGUUUUACGUCCAGAUUUGGAAUGGACUGGGUUUCUUGAUGUGUCAGUUAUACAUACUGUUCGUGUUGAAAAAUUCAUGGAACGUGCACAGAAACUUGCAGGUAAAGAACCAUUUGAUUACAUUAGUGUUACCCCUCCAUAUAUGGAAGUUGACUAUGCAGUACUGAUGGAUCAGAUAUCAAGUUUGGACCUAGUUGGAGAAGAUACCUUUAUAUUAGUUGAGUACCCACUAAGGACUGACAUGCUGGAUUCAUGUGGAUGCCUUGUGAAGAUAACUGGUCGACGGUUUGGCAGGACACACUUGGCUAUUUAUGGACCCAAGUGGGCCCAGAAGAAGAAGAAGAAAGAAAAGUCACUUUGAGGAGCAGCAGUAGAAGUUUGACAGAAGUCUAUCUAUGGGAGGGGGCGCAUGGAAACUGAAAUCUGAAACUAUGAUGAUUUUUUAGAUAAUGCAGUUGCACAUUCUCUAAUGCUAUGUCGAGACACAAUGAACUAGUUACUUUGAGUCAUGCUGCAUCAGCUUUAAUGAACUUGCAUGCUGCAGGUUAGGGACUUCGCUGAUAAAUUAGAGUUUCCUGGACGAUCAACAAAUGUUAAAAGAUGAGUUAAACUUUUUUAUGUUAAAGCUGAGUUUUGUCGAGAAUGUAAGAAAUCUGAAACUAAUUUUGUAUAUAUUUCUUUCAUUGGAAAUUUAACUGUGUAGGUGUAUUCCUAAGUA